AAUGGGUAAACAAAUUUUAAAUUCGAAAUAAUUUUUAAACAAAUAGGAUAUUUUUAAAUUGUUGUAUUAAAAUUAAUGUGGUUUUUAUAAAAAUAAUUUCCCCUCCUUCACUUUCGUUUCUCUCUCGUUCUCACAAAACAAAAAUGGCGUCUCAGAGGUGUGGUGUCAUAACCUCUUUCUAUUUCUUUUGUGGUUUCUCAUAUUUCAAGUGUAUAACACAGUGAUAAAUGAUAACUGAUAAAUGAUAAAAUUGUAGUGGUGGUGGUAGUGGAAGUGGCCAUGAAAGGUGACAAUCAUCAUGGAUAACUGGACCACUGUAUUUAAUACGAGUUGUUGUGGUUUAGACGUCGAAAUGACAUUUUUAUGUUGAUGCUUCAAAAUAAACCGCAGGAAAACAACACUCGACGAUGAUUUUUAAAUCGAUGUUUUUCUGCGGAAUAUUUUCAGUCUCAUUAAGUGACUAGUAAAAUACUGACGUUAUCAAUUAAAAUGCAAAAUCAUUAAAAAAAAAUUUGAAUAUCUCGCAUUAAUUAGUAUUAAGAUUCGACAAUGGAGGAUUAUACACCGGUGGAUGAGGAUUUUCCAGGACGAUUAUUGCAUCAGGCUGCACUUUGGGACAAUGCGGAACUUCUCGAGGAUCUUUUAGGCGGUGAACACAAUCAAUAUAUAAAUAGUCAAGAUUCAUGGGGACGAACGGCUUUACAUGCGGCAGCAAUAACGGAAAAUUCACGAUGUCUUGAAGUAUUAUUAUCAGCUGGUGCAAAUCCAAAUAUUGCCUGCGGUCCACGAGGUCAGUAUCGUACACCACUGCAUAUUAGCGCUGAAUAUGGUCAUAUAUCAAAUGUCGAGAAACUUCUUGAAUAUAAAGUUGAUCUUGGUGUUUGUGAUAAAAAUGGAUAUUCACCGUUGGAUGUCUCGGAGAAAAAGGAACACGUGAAAUGUUCCACAUUAUUGAAACAAGCUGAGGAAAAAUAUGAACUCGAAAGAUUAGCUUCACACGCAUCAUUGAGAGGUGUUUGUAUGCAGGGCGAUGUAUUGGCAGCGAAAGGCAUUAUUCAAGCAUUAUCACAUGAUUUAGAAAUUAUUGUUAAUAUGGCGCCAAAUGGAGCGAAUACAUUACUUUUUAUUGCAUGUGAAAUGGGACAAAGGGAUAUUGUUCGUUUAUUAUUAGAGAAUGGUGCUGAUUGUCGUAUUCAUUCAGUGACAAAAUAUUGUCCAUUGUAUAUUGCUUGUUAUAAUGGUAAAUUAGAGAUUGUUGAAAUUCUUCUUCGUCAAUUUCCAAAACAAAUUCAAUCAUUAACUGUUGAAAAAUGGCUACCAAUUCAUGCAACUGUGAUAAAUGGUCAUCACGCUGUUUUUGAUUAUCUGCUCAAAUUUGAAUAUCCACAAAAUUUGUUUCAACGAUUUAAAGAUCCCACGGGGGAAUUUGAAUAUGAGAUGGCGUUCGAUAUUAAUACACAAGAUGUUACGGGUCAAAAUAUUCUUUAUAUAUCAAGUAUGUUGGGUAAUUUUAAAAUAGUUGAAACACUUUUAAAUUAUAAGGUGAAAGCGCGAAAAAUUAAAGAAGAAGAAACGGGUAGUGCAACACCGGUGCCAAUGUCAAGACGACGAAUAUCAAGUGGUAUUCAAAGGCUAAUGUCGAGUUUGAAUUUUAGAAGUAAAUCAUCAGAGAAAAAGGAUGAUAAUACUAUUUGUCCUUUAUAUUUAGAUUUAUAUUGUAAUAAUAAUACCGAAACUGCAUUACACGUUUCUGUUAAGGGACGACAUUUAGAUGUUGUUGCAGCAUUACUUGUAGCUGGUGCAAAUCCAAAUUUACCGGUAAAAAUUCUUUAUGAACAAUUAGAUCCAGAAUCGAGUUUUUCAACAGUUUUGGCAAUUGCAUGUGAGAAUCGUGAUGUUAAAAUUGUUGAUCUUUUACUGAAACACGGAGCAGUUGAUAAUGAUUGUAAGGCAUUAAAAAUUGCAGCACAAAAUCGUGAUGAAACAUUAACGGCAAAAUUAUUAUCAAUAAAAGCGUUUCCCGAUUCGGAAUAUAAAAUUAAUAAAAAAGCAAUGACUGACAGUACACAGUCGUCUCAUUUUUCGGCUUUAUCUAGUUUUGGUAAUGUCACUUAUUCAACAUUAUUUCCAAAUGUUCCGACAAUGAUAAAUUGGCAUAAUCAACAGUGUCGUUUGUCACAAAUUCGUUCACAAUGGUUUGUCGAUGCGGUAUUGAAUGUUAAUAAAAAAUUAAGUGCAAAAAAUAAUGAUUUAGUAUUGUAUGCAAUUACGAGAAUUGAUAUAUCACACAAUUCAAUAACGUCUAUUCCGUCAAUGGUGUUUUAUUUGCAAAGUUUGAAAUAUUUAAAUAUGGCACGUAAUAAAAUUGAUACACUUAUUGCGGAAUCAAAAAAUCCAAAAGAUAAACUUUGUCCUGUUAUUGAGGAACUUUAUUUACAGGAUAAUCGUUUGGAGCAAUUGCCGGAGUUUUUGAUGAAUUUUCCAAGUCUUGAGAUACUUGAUGUAUCGAAUAAUAAAUUACAAUGUUUGCCAAAUAAUUUGUGGCGUGCGCCAAAAUUGAAAGAAUUGAAUGCAUCUUUUAAUCUUUUACGUGAUUUACCAAGUGAAGUGUUUCAGAAUAUUGAUAAAAAAAUUGAUCGCGAGGAUACAAUUGGACAUAGUCCGAGUUUUCGAAAUUUGGUAUCACAAAUUGAAUUUUCAAGAGAAAACUCUACGGAUUCAAUGGAUUCUUUUUCAAAAAUUGCCAAUGCACGUAUUAUUGAAAUAGAACGUCCUCAUGUUUGGACAAAAUCGGUGCAAGUUUCAGAAAAAAUUAAUGAUGUUGAUACAGAAACGGGAGUAAGAUCUGUUUUAUCAUCAUUGAAUUUAGCGCAUAAUUUAUUUAACAGUAUACCCGUGGCUUUGCCAUGUUUGGCAGUGAAUUUAGUAAGAUUAAAUAUGGCUUAUAAUUCAUUGAGAUCAAUGAGUCACAUAACAUCGUAUCCAGCGAGUCUUAAACAAUUGGAUUUAUCAAAUAAUCAAAUAUCAUGUUGGCCAAGUUUACCGCAAGUUGAUGCUGAUGCUGAUUCAAUGGAACAGGCAACAACUGCCUGUUAUUGUCCGACAACUAAUAUUCAAUCACCAAUUGGUCCAAAUAAUCGUCAAACAGCAACAUCAUUACGUGACGUUGUUCUCAUGUCUGUUUGCACACAUAGACGUCAUUUGCGAUUGGAAAAUCUUCGUACUCUCGUUUUGGCGAAUAAUUUAUUAAUUAGAAUACAAUUAACAUCUGUUGAUGAUGGUGAAAUUAUCGAUGACGAUGGUGAGAAAAUUUCACGUGCCUAUCCUAAUUCAAAACUUUAUCUUCUCUUUCCAAAUGUUAGUAUGUUGGAUGUGAGUAAUAAUAAUUUAAAAGAAAUUCCUCAUAAUAUUUAUGAAUUAAGUAAUCUUUCCGUGUUGAAUGUGAGUGGAAAUUGUGAAAUUGUUGAAUUACCACCGCAAAUGGGUUUACUGUCGCGUUUAUGGAAUUUAAAUACACAAGGUUGUAAAUUACAAGAACCAUUGAAGACAAUGAUUGAAUCGAAAAAAUAUAAAACAAUGGAUGUGAUUGGCUAUUUAAAAUCGGUAUUGGAGGAUGCUAAACCAUAUGCGAGGAUGAAAUUAAUGAUUGUUGGUAUACAGGGUAUUGGAAAAACGAGUUUAUUGGAACAAUUGAGACAGGAGGGUGAGGUGCCGAAUAAAAAAAAAUCCGCUGAUCAUUGGGCAAAACGAAUGGGUAAUAAGAAUGUAAAUGCAAAAACAGCAAGAGGGACAAUUAUAUCGACAGUUGGUGUUGAUAUUGGUGAUUGGAUGUAUGAGAAAAAAGUACGUGGACAAUCGUCGCAUGGUGGUGUUUAUUUUCGAACAUGGGAUUUUGGUGGACAGAAGGAAUAUUAUGCGACGCAUCAAUAUUUUUUAUCAAAACGUAGUCUUUAUUUGGUUGUUUGGAAAAUAACCGAUGGUUUUAAAGGUGUUGCAGAAAUAUUUCAAUGGUUGGUAAAUAUACAGAGUCGUGCACCAAAUUCACCGGUAAUUAUUGUUGGAACACAUUAUGAUGUAUCAAAUGAGCAAAGUGAAAUUUUACAACAGCAUAUUAGGGAUAAAUUUAUAAAUGUUGUUGACGCGGAAAAAUGUGGAUUGCCAAGAGUUAUGGAGACAAUUGAAGUUAGCUGUAAGACUAGGCAUAAUAUUAAAAUGCUUUGUAAUUUAAUUUAUGAUGUUGUUUUUAGUUUGAGAUCACCGGGAAGUAAGGAAUUAUUACUUGAGCAACGUGUUCCGGCGAGUUAUUUAGCUUUGGAGGAAGUUGUUGUACAAUUGGCUCACGAUCGACGAUUGGCGGGUGCUGAUCCAGUGCUGAGAGCUGAUCAAUAUUAUGCAGCGGUGCAAUGUGAAUUGACAAAAUUGCGACGUUCAUUUCGUGAUCCAGCGGAACUUCAUCAGGCUACAUUAUUUUUACAUGAGAAUGGAAUUAUUCUUCACUAUGAUGAUGCAACACUUAAGGAUUUAUAUUUUUUGGAUCCACAAUGGUUGUGCGAUAUGCUUGCUCACGUUGUCACUAUAAGGGAAAUUAAUCCAUUUGCUCGUUCGGGAAUUAUGAAAUUAGAUGAUAUUCAACAUGUUUUUAAAUCUUCGACAAUAUCAUCGGUUGAUACGCAAGGAUAUAUUGUGAGUCUUUUGAAUAAAUUUGAAGUGGCUCUUACUUGGGAUUAUCGAACAUUAUUGAUACCAUCGCUUUUACCAUCCGAGGAGGAUAUAUUGAGAAAUAAUCAGAUUAUUAAAAUACCAGUGAAAACACGUGGUUGGCAUACAAGAUCAAAGAAAAUAAUUACUUCGCCUUUGUUUCCAUUUCCAAAUUCAGAGAAAGCGAAUCUUGAAUGUUUAUAUUUGACAUCGAGAUCACAGCCUGAUUGUUCAAUAACACGACUUCUUUUAAUGUCAUAUUUUCCAAGUGGAUUUUGGUCGAGAUUAAUAACAAGAAUAUUGGCAGACGAUGCAAUUGUUGAUGUUGUUAUGUCAUUUUUAACACCGUUUAAAGAUGCAGUUGAUGAGAAAAUAUUUGCCUCUAUGUUGGAUACACACGCUGAAUGGAUAUUGUGGCAAACUGGAAUUGAACUUCGUUAUGCAGGUGUUACACUAUUGCGUCUAAAGGAAGUUAAUUAUAAUCUUAAAAAUUCGCCAUACGAUUAUCGACAAUAUAAAUUUAAAUUGAAACAAGAUGGAAUUUGGUGUACAGUUGAUUUGAAAAAUAGUGCAAUUUUGGAAAUUUGGUUUCCAGUUGAUACACUUGUUGUGAAGCAGCCAAUAAUAACAGAUGGAAUGGAUAAUGAACCAAUGGGUUAUCAGGCAAUUGUUGUUGAUCCACAACCUGAGAGUAUGCCACAACUUCUUGCUUUGAUUGUUGAUCAUAUUGAUAUUUUGUUGGAGGAUUGGUAUCCAACGUUGGGUACAAGAUUUGUACAUACUUCGGAGGGUAAAUUAUUGGUAACAAGAUUGAUACCGUGUCCGAGAUGUUUAUUGAAUAAUGGUGAUCAGGAUGAUCAGGAUCAGGAUCAAAAUGAUGAGAUUCAAUAUCGUAAUCGUGAGAGACAAAGUCAGGAUAGUUAUAAAUCGGAUGGUGACAGUGGUGUUGGACAAGAUGAUGGAUCAACAUCGAGUCGAAUGCCAUCGUUGGAGGGUAAUCCGGAUGUGAAACAUUUUAUUAAUACAGAAGGAACAUUGGUUUAUUCAUGGAUGGUGGAGGAAUGUAUUUUAUCAGCUUAUAGCAAUAAAACAAUUAGUUGUCCAAAACAUUCGGAUAUUCCAUUAUCGCACAUUGCACCUGAUAUUAUAUUUAUGGAUCUUGGUUCUAGGCAUUUAAUAAAAUCGGAUGAUAUAAAAAGAGGAAAAAUGCUUGGACGUGGUGCAUUUGGUUUUGUAUUUCGUGGUAUUUGUCGUUUACCGGGAACAAAUAGUCGAGCUGAUGUUGCAAUGAAAAUGUUACAACCAGUGCCACCGGGUCCAAAUUCAAAACAAUCGGCAAUUUUGGCUUUUAAAGCGGCGCAAAGUAAAUGGGAUCGUGAUCCAUUGCAGUAUGCUUGUAAGGCUUAUUGUACGGCAAGACAGGAAUUAAAUAUUCUUUUAACAUUGAGACACGCAAAUAUUGUACCAUUGGUGGGUAUUGUUAUUAGUCCAUUGGCAUUGGUAUUGGAUUUAGCACCUGAGGGUGCAUUGGAUAAUGUAUUGAAAAAUUAUCGACGAUCUGGUGCUAAACUUGAUCCAUAUACAUUGCAGGCAAUUAUAUUACAGGUGGCAAAAGCUGUUGAAUAUUUACAUCAGCAGCAUGUUAUUUAUAGAGAUUUAAAAUCAGAAAAUGUUCUUGUUUGGCAGAUACCGUUACCAUUUCAGGAUCAUCCUGAUCAUCCGGUUCAUGUGAAGGUUGCUGAUUAUGGAAUUUCGAGACAAACACUGCCAUCGGGUGCAAAGGGUUUUGGUGGAACUGAAGGAUUUAUGGCACCGGAAAUAAUUAAAUAUAAUGGCGAGGAGGAAUAUACGGAGAAGGUGGAUUCAUUUUCGUUUGGAAUGUUUAUUUAUGAAUUGAUAACAUUGAGACAGCCAUUUGAGGGUCAUGAGGCAGUGAAGGAAUGUAUUUUAGAAGGUGGAAGACCACCGUUAACCUAUCGAGAUUUACAUCAUCCAUGUUAUGCUCUUGAUUUAAUGGUGAUUUGUUGGUCACAAAAUCCAAAGGAUCGACCGACAGCAAGUCAAAUUGUUUCAAUUGCAUCGGCACCGGAAUUUGUUCAUUUAAUUGAUGUUACGCUAUUGACGGAAAAAUCGAGAGUCACGGCAAUAACGAUGUCAUCACGUCAUUUGGAGGAUAAUAUAACUGGUGAUGAAAUUUGGCUUGGACAUAAUAAUGGUGAAAUUGAUGUUCUUCUUGGAACACAAAAAGGAUGGUUGCAACAUGUUAGAAUUAACACACAAUUAAUACCAUUUGCAAUGUGUGAAAUUGAUGGUUAUAUUUGGAUUGGUGAUAAUUCGGGACAUAUUCAUGUUUAUCUUGGAACUAAUUUUGCAUGUGUUGCAAGCUAUCAUCUCGAUGAUGACAAGAGUGAUUCGAAAAUUGUUGGUUUAAUUUAUCUUGAGAAUUUAAAACAAUUCGCUGUUGCUCUAUGUAAUGGGAAAUUAUUUUUAAUUUCAAAUUCAUUUACUCAAUUGAAAAAAAAUGAAAUUGUCGGCGAAUCAAAUGAUGAUGUUAAAACAUAUUCAAUGGCGGUUAUUAGUAAAAAACGACGUAUUGUAGAAUUGUGGGUUGGUCAAAGUUUUGGUAGAAUAAGUGUUUAUACAUUAAAAGAUGGAAAUUUGAUUGACACCGUGGAAAUAUCACACGCUAUUGGCGAUAAUGGUGAUAAAAAUUUAUUUGCCACUUAUUUAUUGAGUGCUGAAAAUUCAAUUUUAUCAUACACUUGUCCAGGAUGUGUUGUUUAUCAAUGGGACAUUGAAUGUAAACAAAUUGUGAAUAAACUUGAUAUGUCGAAAUUGGUGCCUUGCUCGGAAAGUUUGAAAUCAAUUUCAAUUGAGGAAAAUCUCACUUCAGAUAAAUGUCAAGUGACAAGUAUUGAAUCGUGUAUGAAUCAACUUUAUAUUGGAACAACUUGGGGAUGUAUUGCCGUUGCUGAAUGCAAUUCAUUGAGACCAAUUACAGUUUUUCGACCAUUUGAAAGUGAGGUGUGUCAAAUUGUUUCAUUUAAAUCGAUAAAUAAAAAGAGAAUGAUUUUAGUAACUGUUGGACGUGGUUAUCGAAGUUUAAUCACAAGAUAUACAGAUUCGCCAAUUGAUAGUUUAGAGGCGGAGGAUUUAAAGCAUAAUAUGUAUACACUUUUAUGGAGAUCGGAACAUUGGUCCGCUGCUUAAGUCUUGCCCAAGUGAAUUUUAGGUACGUUUUGGAAUAUUAAAAAAAAAAAAUUUUGUAAAAUCAAUUGAAAGGAAUCGAUUUUUCCUUUCAGUUGAAAAAUAUGCCCAUUUUUCACUAAUUAGUAUAUAUACAGCGAUUAAGAAAUUAGAAAAAAGAAUCAAAAUAUUUUUCUUAUAGAAAACAAUUUUAACAGGCAGAAAUAAUUUAUUUAUAAGAAUGCAAUCUUACCAGAUUUUAGUUUUCUAAUUUUUUUUUGCUGUGAUUACACUGGAAAAAGAAAAUUAUAAUUCAAAUAAAUUCGUUUUUUAUUAUCAAAUGAAUAUUUGAAUCAUAUAUUUUAUUUUUCCAGUGUACCUUUUUUUUUGUUAAUUUUAUUAAAAUUUUACUUAAUGUGAUUCUAAUCUCAUUUUAUAGUUUUGAGCAUUAUUUAGAGAUUAUUAAAUAGAAAAAAGUCUGAGCAAAAAAUGAACAAAUGCAAUUUUAAAAAAAUGCAUUUCCAAAGAAUUAAUCAUUAAUUGAUUAACAAAAAGUAUAUAUAUAAUUUUUAUAGAAUUAUUCUAAGGAUUAAAGUCACAAAUAAUUCAGUAUUUACGGUUUUUUUUUUGUAUUAACACAAUUUAGUACUUAUAAAUAUUGAAUAAUAGCAGCUAAAAUAUGUUUUGCUAAAUAUAUUUAAAAAAUCGCUAAAAAUAUUGCCGAGUAUACGUUACUAAAAAAAACUGAAUGUUUUGCUAAAAAAAAAAAUAUUGCUGAAUUCAGUGAAAAUCUCUACUUAAAUAUCACAAUUGUUUUAAACUUGAUCUUACAAAUAGUAUAAGAAUCUAAUUGUUAAUUACAAUAGGUAAUAUAAAGGUUAAGAUUUGAGAGCACUAUUUAUUAAAAUCACAUUAUAUAAAAAUUGUAUUAUCUAUACCAGUUACUAAU